AGCAGACGCCUCUAUCCAAAGCGACGUACAUCAGAGAGGAAGUACAACACAAGCAAGGAGCUACAAAAGAGGAAACAAUGUCACAGCAGGUGUUAUGGAUCUUCAGUGUUUCCUGAGCUGCAGAGUUGCCCUGCUGCUUUUCUUGAUGCCAUGUGGGCUCCGUUGUAUAUCUGUGCACAUCCUCAACGAGGAGCCCAUGUACGUCAUCCCCGGCUCAAUUCUGGUUCUGAAUGCCCGCAUCGAGCAGGGACCCCUGGAAGAGAUCCUUAUGGUGACCUGGGACCGGGAGCCUGAGUCUGGAGUCACUCCAGAGAGUGAGACACUGGCCACUUGUCCUGGCAGUGGCUCCAAAUGUGCUGGUACGACGCCAAACGUCCAUGGUAGCAUGCAGCAGCAGGAGACGACACUUCAGAUUAAUGGAUACAGCAGCAUGGACAGCGGAGUGUACGCUGUGAUGGUGACGGAUCACAAAGGGGUCAAAACCACGGCACACUGCAUCGUCAGGAUGUAUGAGGCGGUGCACCAUGUCUCAGUCAGCAUCAACAGUUCUCACAGUCCCUCGCUGGUCUGCGGCGAGGCCUGGGGGACGGACCCGCACUUCAGCUGGCUCCACGAGAGAGCUGCCAUCACUCAGACUGUGGGGACAGUCUCUAAAGAUGGAACAACACUGUUUGUGACCAUGAAACCUUUCUGUGGACACUUCACCUGCAUGGUCAGCAACAAGCUGGGCUACAGCUCAGCCACCUACACUGCAGAACCUUGUGAGACGAAGGACAGAGGGACCACAGCGGCCGUUGUGUGUCUUGUCCUCCUGCUGCUGGUCGGAGGAGUUCUGGCAUUUCUGCUGUGGAGAAGACACAGGCACAAUAACAGAGGCGAGAGGCUGCACGAACAUUUGGACGAUGCCAUCUAAAGGACAGCCGAGGACACGUGUCUGUUACUCAAAGGUCUCGGGGAGGAGAACAGGAAAUGGACAGGGCUGUAAGGGAGGAACUACCCGUCCUGUGAGCAGUAUGACCUUACGCUGCACUGAAACAAUGUGAAGAGUGAACUGCUUACAGGCUAAUAACAAUUAUCUUAAAAUGGAUAUUGACCUUGAAGAGUCAGCAUUGUUUUUAUACACUGCCUCCUGCUGGACUGCACCUGUUACUGUGUUCAAUUAAAGCCUCUGGAAAUCAGGCUUCAAACUAUAAAAAUGCAUUUAUGAUGUCAAAGAUGGGAGUCUUUUUAGGCCUCCAUAAAAUCUGAAUGAGAAUAAACAUUGAUUACUAUAUUAAACCCUAGCUCAAAAAUAGCUUUUUAUUCUGUAUUGACCAUUUCUCAAAACUCUGGGCGUGGCCAAUUUAACAUUUGAUUGAUAUCUGCCUGGCUUUUUUUUGUCAACACAAUAAUGAUGCAUGAGACAUAAGUGCCAUGCAGCACUUCACUGUUUGAUUUCUCAGAGCCAUCUGAGCUUGGAUCAAAUUAGAAAAUAGAGGGAUUUCUAUGAGAAAACAUUCAUUUUCUAUGAGAAAACAUUCAUUUUUACCAGAUUGAUUUAUCUGAUUGGUUGGUUACAAAAAGCUUUGCAAAUCCACGUCAUAGUCACCAGAUAACAUGUAACCCUUAGCUUAGAUGCCUCUAUUUAAUCUGUGAUUGCAGUGCUAAAUGAUGAACUGCUAAAAUGACACGUUCCGGUGUUGCUUACAAGCAUUACAGAAGUCCCUCUGCAGACACUCAACAGUAGAGUAUGUUAUUCCAUUUGUUUUGUAGGUUUUUAGUGUCAUUAUGAUUUGGAUUUCCAGGGGCUUUAAAUGAUUUCUUUGUGUAAUAAAAUUCAUAAUAAAAUCCCUUCAUGAGAUGUGA